AUGUCUUCUCUACCUCCCAGACAACCUCAGUCCGAUCCCCACAACCUUUCUCACACCGGAAACCUCCAACAAGCAACUAAGAAUGUCAACCGAUUCGCCAAACGUGAUCCAGCUCUUUACCCAUUGAGUAUCAUCGUCACUGGUAUCUUGGGUGUAGCAGGCUACUUCUUUAUGACCAAAGCUUCUGAACCUGAUGCUACUCGACAACUCAUGGCUACAGGUGUUGUCAAUCCAUGGGAUAACAAAAACAAACAUGAUGUCCACCCUUCUCAAACCGCUCAAUUCAAAUACCGAUACAAGACUCGAGAUGGACACAUGGAAGAUUCUCAUCCCACCAUGAACCAUACCGUUCAAUCGCUCAAAGACGAUGUCGCGCACAAAUACAAGACAAAUGCCUAA